AUGUUCGGGCGCUCCCGCAGCUGGGUGGGCGGCGGGCACGGCAAGGCCGCGCGCAGCAUCCACUCCUUGGAUCACCUCAAGUAUAUGUAUCAUGUUUUGACCAAAAAUACAACAGUAACAGAUCACAACCGCAAUCUCCUGGUGGAGACUAUUCGUUCUAUUACAGAGAUCCUUAUAUGGGGGGAUCAGAAUGAUGGGUCUGUUUUUGACUUUUUCCUGGAGAAGAAUAUGUUUGUGUUCUUCUUGAACAUCCUGCGUCAGAAGUCUGGUCGUUACGUGUGUGUACAGUUGCUGCAGACCUUGAACAUCCUUUUUGAAAACAUCAGUCAUGAAACAUCACUGUACUAUCUGCUUUCUAAUAACUAUGUGAAUUCUAUUAUUGUCCACAAAUUUGACUUUUCUGAUGAGGAGAUCAUGGCAUAUUAUAUAUCAUUUUUGAAAACGCUUUCUCUGAAACUCAACAAUCACACUGUACACUUCUUUUAUAAUGAGCACACAAAUGACUUUGCUUUGUAUACAGAAGCUAUAAAAUUUUUUAACCACCCAGAAAGCAUGGUGAGAAUUGCUGUUAGGACUAUAACCUUAAAUGUCUACAAAGUGUCAUUGGACAACCAGCCAAUGCUGCAUUACAUUAGAGAUAAAACUGCUGUCCCCUAUUUCUCCAACCUUGUUUGGUUUAUUGGAAGCCAUGUGAUAGAACUGGAUAACUGUGUGCAGACCGAUGAAGAGCACAGAAAUAGAGGCAAACUGAGUGACCUAGUAGCCGAACACCUCGAUCAUUUGCAUUACCUUAAUGAUAUCCUGAUUAUUAACUGUGAAUUCUUAAAUGAUGUGCUGACAGAUCACCUACUUAAUAGGCUCUUUCUUCCCCUCUAUGUGUAUUCAUUGGUAAAUCAAGAUAAGGGUGGGGAGCGUCCAAAAAUAAGUCUCCAAGUUUCUCUCUAUCUUCUUUCUCAAGUUUUUCUAAUUAUACAUUAUGCACCUUUGGUGAACUCGUUGGCUGAGGUUAUUCUUAAUGGUGACCUGUCAGUAUUUUCUUCGAAAGUUGAGCAAGAUAUUCAGAAGAACUCAGCUAAGUCCAGCAUCAGAUGUUUCAUAAAACCAACUGAAACUCUGGAGAGGUCUCUAGAAAUUAAUAAACAGAAAGGGAAGAAGAGGUUGCUGAAGAGACCCAACUAUAAAAAUGUUGGCGAGGAAGAUGAAGAGGAGAGAGGGUCUGARGAUUCUCAAGAUGACCUGGAUAAAGCUAAAGGUACAGAAGGGAGUUCGAAGGGCGUCAGAACAAGCACUGAAAAUGAAGAAAUAGAGAUGGUAAUCAUGGAGAGGUGUAAACUGUCAGAAUUGUCCAUCUCUGCGGUGACRGAGCAGAAUACAACGGAUGAAGAAAAGAGUGCGGCGGCCUCCGGGAGCGACGUAACCAAUUGGAAUAGGCCCUUUCUGGACAUGGUCUAUAACGCGCUGGACUGCGCUGAGGACGACUACUACGCACUCUUUGUGCUCUGCCUUCUCUAUGCCAUGUCGCACAAUAAAGGAAUUGAUCCAGUCAAACUCGACAGAAUUCAACUUCCAGCUCAAAAUGCCGAAGAGAGAAAUUCGUAUAAUCAUGUACUUGCAGAGGGGCUCAUCAGGAUAAUGAAUUAUGCUGCACAAGCGGAUGGGAAAAUACGUUUGGCGACGUUAGAACUUGGUUGUCUAUUGCUUAAGCAACUUGUAUUUUCUAAAAAUGGCAGUAUCAUAAAAGAUGUUCAUCUUGCUUGCCUUGAGGGUGCGAGGGAAGAAAGCGUUCAUCUCCUGCGCCGUUUUUACAAGGGGGAAGAAAUUUUUCUGGAUAUGUUUGAAGAUGAAUACCGAAGUAUGACAAUGAAACCCAUGAAUGUCGAGUACUUGAUGAUGGAUGCUUCCAUUCUGCUGCCUCCAACGGGGACACCACUCACUGGUAUUGAUUUUCUGAAAAGAUUGCCCUGUGGAGAUGUGGAAAGGACACGAAGAGCAAUCAGAGUUUUCUUCAUGCUCCGUUCACUGUCGCUGCACCUGCGAAGUGAGCCAGAAACUCAGUUACCCCUGACAAGGGAGGAGGAUCUAAUAAAGACAGAUGAUGUGCUUGACUUGAAUAACAGUGAUCUCAUUGCCUGUACGGUGAUAACAAAAGAUGGGGGRCAAGUUCAAAGGUUCCUGGCUGUGGACAUUUACCAGAUGAGCUUGGUGGAGCCAGAUGUUGCCCGACUUGGCUGGGGAGUCGUGAAGUUUGCGGGUCUUUUGCAGGAUAUGCAGGUAACAGGAAUAGAAGAUGACAGUAGGGCUCUGAACAUCAUAAUUCAUAAACCUGCUUCUAGUCCUCAUUCUAAGCCCUUCCCUAUCCUUCAAGCUACGUUUAUUUUUUCGGAUCACAUUCGCUGUAUUAUAGCAAAGCAGCGUCUUGCUAAAGGUCGGAUCCAGGCUCGGCGUAUGAAAAUGCAGAGAAUAGCAGCUCUCCUGGAUCUUCCUGUCCAGCCUUCAACUGAGGUUCUGGGUUUUGGACACAGCUCUGCAGCUAUGUCACAACACCUUCCAUUCAGAUUUUAUGAUCAGUCCCGGCGUGGUAGCAGUGAUCCUGCAGUGCAGCGGUCUGUUUUUGCCUCCGUGGACAAAGUUCCAGGCUUUGCUGUAGCCCAGUGUAUAAAUCAGCACGGUGCAUCACCACUCUCAUCUCCAUCUCCUUCAAGUGGGAGUACGGGGCGCUGCGAUUCGGUGACUGCGAGCUCAACCUCCACUCCCUCUGCUGCACAGAGCCCAGCAGAUGACCCUUCAGCUCCAGACCAGCCUCAGAUGACCGUUUCUGGUCAGACGACGUCRAUUGACGAACCUCUCUCAGCUGUCACAAAGUCUAGCAAGAAUCCCGUAAAAAACAGUGACGUAGAAACAGCAAACCUCUCCCCUAGCCUGAUUCCUGCCCAGCAGCCCACGAUAUCCUUGAUAUCGGAUGACAACACGGACGCGCUGAGCGUGGAGUCGCUCACGCUGGUGCCGCCCGUUGAUUCCCACAGCAUCCGUGCGUUCGGCUGCGUUCCUCAGGCCUCCUUGCAGUCCCCAGGGGAAGGCUGCGCGGURAAGGAAGGGGUGGAAGAAUGUUCUGACUGAAGGCAACCUGCAGACCGUGGUGAGCGGUGGAGCAGAUGCCACCUCUUUCCUUGUCCUGUUCAGGGACAAGUGCAGAUGCUUCUGGAACCAUUAGAGACCCACUCGCAGGAAGAGACCCACUGAUCAAAGAGAAUAUUGGCAGCUUUUGAAAUAAUCAGAUGUUCGGCAUAUUUAAACCAGGGAUGAGGGGGACUGUUUUGAAUCUGGGCUGGAUGUUUCCACGCCCAUUUGUGCUGUACAAGAACAUGAAAGUAUUUCAGAGCACCUACUGCCUGCAAGUACAGUUGCAGCUGCAGAAACUAGCUUGGUUAUUAAAGCUCUACAGUAUUA